ACUCACCAGGAACGUUCAAUACGAAUCUCUUCCUAGGAAUCCCAUUCCGUGUUUUCCUGCGCGCCAUUAUUAAGCGCUAUCUAGCGCAUAGGAAGAAUUUGGCUAAAUUAAAUAACAGGAUAUAAUAAGAAAUCGGCGAAAAUAAGGGUACAGGGGAAAAACGUUUUGCAUUAUUUUGAAUAGUCAGAAUAUGAGAAGACACCUCGGAUGGAGUUAUUUCAGCCGCAUUUCUGUGCUGCAUAUGAGGUGUCUUUCAUUGGCGAUGCUGCGUCCACGGACCGUUAUAUUUUAGGCUGACUGGUUGUGUAGCAGUCUACUCGUGCAAUACACCACUCAGAACAUCUCACAAUUAUUUUUCCUACACGUGGAGGAUCAAAACUACACAGAGAAUGCUUAAACAUGGGAUAGGCCUAUGCGUUUUAUGUGGUCAGUAUUUAUCUGCUACGAUUUUGAAGAUCCGCGGUCAGAGACAGACAGCGGCUCAGUACGCAGUCCUUCUCAAUCGCGUCAUAGCCCACUUCUGCUGAAUGCAAAGAAAGACAGACUUGAGACUCUUUAAAUAUUUAAGGAUAUGGACUCUUCAAAACUGAAGAUAUGCUAGUCUUUUUGUCUAACAUCUUCUAUGCAUGAUCUUCUAUCAAUACAUUUUAAACAGAGAAGUCACGGAUGAGAGCCCAUGACCAGGCUCCAAAAUUACACAGAACGAGGACGCAGCCUAAAGAUUGCUCCAAUUCGAAAUGAUAGCCUAUCAAUGCGCACACACAGUUCAUUUUGACAAUAGCAAUUAUCUACUGUUGAUUUGCAGCACCAGCUUCUCCAGGUGGAAUGUCGUCUACGGUAUAUAUAUAUUUUAAAAAGCCUUCAUAAACACAAAUCUACAUUGAACCUUAUUGCGCAUCGCAAAGAGGAGGACUCCUGAAUUUGUCCUGAAUCAUUCCAAAAACACUGCUAUUUGGAUCCCGGACAUCAACAACUUUAAUGGCUUUUGUGUUCAGACGAUGGAGAGUGUUAUUGGUGCUGAACGUGAUUGCGGUUGCGGGGUUCAUGACACUUUGGACCAAGUGCACCCACAACCGAGUGACAAAAAACAUCGGCCAGGACGACGUGAAAAGACAAUCACGCUCUAACGGCACGACUCAAGGUUUGAGCAUCAGUCAUGAAAUAUUACUAAAGAGACUCGGGUCAUUGGAGGACGUGGUCUACAGGCAGCUUAAUGGUCUGUCCAAGUCCCUGGGGCUAAUUGAGGGUUUCGGGGGGCGAGGUAAAGGGGGACUCCCCGCCACCCUAGCCCCAAAAGAAGAGGACGACGCGAAAGUACUGAGGGAGAAGUAUGGAUACAACGCUUACCUCAGCCAAAAGAUAUCACUGGAUCGGUCCAUACCAGACUACCGGCCCAGCAAUGUGUGUGUGGUCUCCAGGUGUAAAAAGGCCAGCUUCCCCAGGGAUCUUCCAAACAUCUCCCUUAUCUUUAUCUUUGUCAACGAGGCAUUGUCAGUAAUCCUCCGCUCGGUCCACUCAGCUGUCAAUCACACACCGGCUCACCUCCUCAAAGAGAUCAUUUUGGUGGAUGACUACAGCGAUGAUGAACAACUGAAAGGGCCAUUGGAGGAUUAUGUAAACAAGCGUUACCCAGGCCUGGUGAAAAUGGUGAGGAACCAGAAGCGUGAGGGACUGAUCCGUGCCCGCAUCGAGGGCUGGAAGGCAGCCAGUGGUGAGGUGACUGGAUUCUUCGAUGCCCACGUUGAGUUCACACCCUCCUGGGCUGAGCCGGUUCUGACCAGAAUCAAAGAGGACCACAAGAGGAUCAUCCUGCCCUCCAUCGAUAACAUCAAGCAUGAGACGUUUGAGCUGGAGCGCUAUGAGAACUCUGGCCAUGGCUACAACUGGGAGCUGUGGUGCAUGUACAUCAACCCCCCCAAACAGUGGUGGGAUGACGGGGACACCUCCGCACCCAUUAGUACUCCUGCAAUGAUUGGUUGCUCCUUUGUGGUGAACCGGGAGUACUUUGGGCACCUGGGGCUGCUGGACUCUGGCAUGGACGUCUAUGGAGGAGAAAACAUCGAACUGGGGAUCAAGGUGUGGCUGUGUGGGGGCAGUAUGGAGGUGCUGCCCUGCUCCAGGGUGGCUCACAUCGCCAGGAUGAAGAAGCCCUAUCACAGCAACAUAGCCUCCAGCACGCGGCGUAAUGCCCUGCGCGUGGCCGAGGUCUGGAUGGACCAAUUUAAGUCGCAUGUCUACCUGGCUUGGAACAUCCCAAUGGAGAACCAUGGGAUAGACUAUGGGGACAUCUCUCAGAGGGUAGCAUUGAGGAAAUCUCUGCAAUGUAAGAACUUUGAGUGGUACCUGGACAACGUCUAUCCAGAGAUGAGGAGGUACAACAACACCGUCUUUUACGGGGAGAUUCGUAGUAGCAAAGCGACCCAUCUGUGUAUGGACCAGGGAGAGAAGGUGAACCACACAGCCACCCUGCACCCCUGUCACGGAAUGGGACCCCAGUUGGGUCGGUACACCAAGGAGGGACAGUUUUUCCUCGGUGCUCUGGGCAGUACAGGGGAGGAAACACGCUGUCUGAUGGACGACCAGGUCUCCAAUUUCCCUCAGCUCCUCAACUGUGACAAAGUCUCCAACACCAGGCUGACAAUAUGGCACUUCUCUCAGAACGACUCAAUCAUCAACAGAGCCACGGGUCGCUGUCUGGAGGUGAUACAGGCGAACGCUUACUUCGGACACUCGCUGGUGCUUCAGACCUGCUCCGGACAGAGGUGGAACAUCAAAAACACAAUGAAGCAGUAGCCACAGCAUGAUGCAGAAUUCUUCUUUGACCAAGAUAGUGUUAUUGUACUGAAUUGAAUCAGUUGUCAUACUGUAUUAUUAAAAUUCUUCAGUUGUUGUUUUCCAAGAUUGUCUUCCAAUAAACUGCUGGUCUGAUGGUUUAAAAAAACAAAACAAAA